UCACACAUGCAUGUUUGAUGUUGGAUGUUUGCAUGAGAGAGCUUCUUUAUCCAUUCACUUGCAGCUUCUCGUACAUAAAAAAAAUAAAUUAUAAAUAUCAGCCUACACUUUUCUUCAACAAAUUUGUAAUAUCUAUUGCCCGGAACUGGAACUGGAACGAGAACUUCAACUUUUUCCGUGGGAAUUCUACCAUAGGUAGAGGUUGUAUUCUAUGAUUAUCUACUGACGAAAUACCAUUGGUAACUUUCAGACAAUGCAGCCUCACCCACUCAUACAUCAGAAACCAAAAAAACGACACAAUGACUUCCUGGCGCGAUGAGUAUGUUAAAGCAUUACAAGAACGCGACGAGCGAGAACAAGCUAGCUAUCAGCGAUUUGAUCGUCAGUUCAUAGAAGCUUGUACGGAACCCCCUUUGAAGUGCAUCUUGUCCAAAAUCUAAUAACUCGCAAAAGAUACUCAGCUUCUCGAUAGAGCCUCCGCCCAAACAGCGGCAGCAGCUUUUCACGACACUCCGUCGUCCCUCUCUUCUUCUUCCACAUCCCAGAAAACAACCUCCAAAACUCCAAAACAAACUCAACUCAUCUCAUCUUCCGAGAUCCUCCAGCUUCGCGCUUCCCUGGCCGAAGCACUCCGUUCCUCUUCGCACUUUCAAUCGCGUCUGAAAACCGCCGAAAACGCUCUUCAAGCCAUCCGUACUAAAAGCAUUUCAGAAUCAAAACAAAUCGAAGCUUUGACGCGAGAACGAAAUAUCAUGGAGAGGAAGAUUAGGGAUAGAGAUGAGGAGUUGAAGGCCAAGACUAAGGGGUAUCAUGAUGUGCAGGAUGAGAUGAUAUCUCUCAAUUUGCAACUUAAUAUAGCAGAGCAGAAUGAGAAAAGAUUAAAGGCGGAAAAUAAGGAUUUGAUUGAUAGGUGGAUGGCUCAAAAGGGAAGGGAAGCGGAUGAAAUGAAUAGAACGUUUGGGACGUAAUGUAAGGAACUAAUCAUUCAAUAAACCAUGCCGGAUUAUUUUCUAUUUUAAACCAACGAAAAAGCGUAAGAUA